AGGAGUUUUUGCAUCUCAUGCGGAAGCAUUACACCUCCACACUGGCCGUCUCCAGCGACAAAAGUGCAACCUGCGGUGAGAUUUUGCCCAUCUUGCAGAAGCUGGAGCAACAGUACACUGUGCAGGAAGGUGACUCUGCGUUCACAAGGAGCAUCAAGGAGAACAUUUGGAAGGAUCUCUCCAAACGCUACCAGGGAACUGACAUUCAGAGAUUCCUGGAGGAAGCCACCAUCUUGGACCCCAGAUUUAAAUACAAAGUGAAAAGUGAUGCAGUCUGGGACAGGAUCAGGGAAGCUGCAAUAACAGCAAAUACAGUGGCAGCAAGAGAUGAGCUCCCAGGGGAAGGAGAGACACAGAGGGAAGGCUGCGAAGGUGGGGAGGAGGAAGAAGUAGAGGAACACUAUGCACUGCCACCACCAUCAAAAAAGACAGCCUUGGAAGAACUAUUCGAGGAGGAGGACAACGAGCUGCAGUCAAUCCGUGAAUCACAGCCCUGUCUUUCCCUGGCUCAGAAGGUGGAUCAGGAAAUCCAGUUCUACAAAAGCCUUCCCUCCAUCCCCUGCAGGGAUAGCGCCGCACUGUGGUGGUGGAACAAGCAGGAUACGCUGCCCUUGCUAUCUGGACUGGCUGAAAACUACCUCUGUGUGCAGGCUUCCUCCACCCCAUCUGAGAGGGUGUUCUCCACGGCUGGAGACACCAUAAGCCCCGAAAGAUCCCGUAUCCUUCCAGAAAAAGCAGAUAUGCUCAUAUUUCUGCAAAAGAACUGUUAAUUUUCCCUACUACUACUUGAGUGCACACACACACACACUCACACUCACACUCACACUCACACUCACACUCACACUCACACUCACACUCACACUCACACUCACACACACUCACACUCACACUC